CGCCCGGCGCCGCGAGCCGAGGUGUCGCCCGCGCCCGCGCCCGUGUCGCCGCCGUGCCCGCGAGCGGGAGCCGGAGUCGCCGCCGCCCGAGCGCAGCAGAGCGCACGCCGAGCCCGUCUGUCGCCGCCAUGGCCACCACGGUGACCUGCACCCGCUUCACCGACGAGUACCAGCUCUACGAGGAUAUUGGCAAGGGGGCCUUCUCUGUUGUCCGGCGCUGUGUCAAGCUCUGCACCGGCCAUGAGUAUGCAGCCAAGAUCAUCAACACCAAGAAGCUGUCGGCCAGAGAUCACCAGAAGCUGGAGAGAGAGGCUCGGAUCUGCCGCCUUCUGAAGCAUUCCAACAUUGUGCGGCUGCAUGACAGCAUCUCUGAGGAAGGGUUCCACUACCUGGUCUUUGAUCUGGUCACGGGCGGGGAGCUGUUCGAGGACAUCGUGGCCAGAGAGUACUACAGUGAGGCGGAUGCCAGUCACUGCAUCCAGCAGAUCCUGGAGGCGGUUCUCCACUGCCACCAAAUGGGGGUCGUCCACAGGGACCUCAAGCCCGAGAACCUGCUCCUGGCCAGCAAGUGCAAAGGGGCGGCCGUGAAGCUGGCGGACUUCGGCCUGGCCAUCGAGGUGCAGGGGGACCAGCAGGCAUGGUUUGGGUUUGCUGGCACGCCAGGCUACCUGUCCCCAGAGGUCCUGCGCAAGGAGGCCUAUGGCAAGCCGGUGGACAUCUGGGCGUGCGGGGUGAUCCUGUACAUCCUGCUUGUGGGCUACCCACCCUUCUGGGACGAGGACCAGCACAAGCUGUACCAGCAGAUCAAGGCAGGAGCCUACGACUUUCCGUCCCCUGAGUGGGACACGGUCACUCCUGAAGCCAAAAACCUCAUCAACCAGAUGCUGACCAUCAACCCCGCCAAGCGCAUCACAGCACACGAAGCGCUGAAACACCCGUGGGUCUGCCAACGCUCCACUGUGGCCUCCAUGAUGCACAGGCAGGAGACUGUAGAAUGCUUGAAAAAGUUCAAUGCCCGGAGGAAGCUCAAGGGCGCGAUCCUCACCACCAUGCUGGCCACGAGAAAUUUCUCAGUGGGCAGACAGACCACCGCUCCGGCCACAAUGUCCACCGCGGCCUCCGGCACCACCAUGGGGCUGGUGGAACAAGCCAAGAGUUUACUCAACAAGAAGGCUGACGCGGUGAAGCCCCAGACAAACAGCACCAAAAACAGCACCGCUGCUACCAGCCCGAAGGGGACACUUCCUCCGGCCGCCCUGGAGCCUCAAACCACCGUCAUUCAUAACCCCGUGGACGGGAUCAAGGAGUCCUCGGACAGCACUCACACCACCAUAGAGGACGAAGACACAAAAGCCCCCAGGGGCCCUGACAUCCUGAGCUCCGUGGGGAGGGACUCAGGGGCCCUGGAAGCUGAGGGCCCCCUGCCCGCUCUGUCCCCCAGGCUGUCUGACAUCCUGAACACGGUGAGGAGGGGCUCAGGGGCCCCGGAAGCCCAGGGCCCCCCACCCUGCCCAUCUCCAGCUCUCCCAGGCCCCCUGCCCACCCUGUCACGGAAGCAGGAGGUCAUCAAGAUCACCGAGCAGCUCAUCGAGGCCGUCAACAACGGGGACUUCGAGGCCUACGCGAAAAUCUGUGACCCAGGCCUGACCUCGUUCGAGCCUGAAGCUCUGGGCAAUUUGGUCGAAGGGAUGGACUUCCACAGAUUCUACUUCGAGAACCUGCUGGCCAAGAACAGCAAACCCAUCCACACGACCAUCCUGAACCCGCACGUGCACGUCAUCGGGGAGGACGCCGCGUGCAUCGCCUACAUCCGCCUGACGCAGUACAUCGACGGGCAGGGCCGGCCCCGCACCAGCCAGUCCGAGGAGACGCGUGUGUGGCACCGCCGCGACGGCAAGUGGCAGAACGUGCACUUCCACUGCUCGGGCGCACCUGUGGCCCCGCUGCAGUGAAGAGCUGCGGCCGGCCUCGCGGGACAGACUCGGUGUUUGGAGCCCGGCCGCCCUCCCGCGGCCUGCCUGUCGCAUGUUUGUGUCCGCCUCGUUCCUCCCCUGGUGCCCGUGUCUGCAGAAAACCAAGACCGGACGUGAUUUCUUUUUAACACCAAGAUGACAACCACCACACACACACAAAAUUGAUGUUGGAUGAAACAGGAGAACAAAACAAAGGAAAAAGCUGUACAAAUCACUGGCAUUUGUGGGGCUUCGAACCGACGGGCACCCCCCUCCCACACUCCAUGUGUCUGUCCGCCCCUGGCCCCUCGGGGACCGGUGGGGCAGUGACCGCGUCCACAGGGGCCGGGCCGAGGACCCGUGUGUGUUAGAUCUGCAUCCCCCCGCCGUGCAUGGCUGCCGUCAGGAGUGCCGGCCACCUGGGGCCAGGGGGACCCGAGCACGGCUGUUCCCCUCCCUUCCUCUCAUGCCCCCAGCAUGGACGAGCAGUGCAGAGGCCAGGCCGGCCCCCGGGGCCCCGAUGAGCCAUCUGAGACGCCCCCGCGGGCCCAGGGCUCCCGCUCUGGUCCCUCCAGGGCCGGGGGGGGGGCAGGUCUCACACCUGGCGGGAGACUGGCCGAGAGGACACUGUUGGCGGCAGUCCCAUCGGGGAGGGGAACCUUUGGGCUGGCCUCCCUCCUAUUCGGGGUGCCUCCCCCUCUGCCCACCUCCCCCCUCGCCAGCUGGUACGGCCACAGAGGGGCUCCGGGCUUGGUCAAGACACAGGAAGGGGAGAGGGGUCAGAAGGCGGGUGAGUGGCGCCCUGGGCUCCCGGUGGGUACAGCAGGUGUUUGCGGACGGCGCUUUCGGAGUCGGGCCCAGAGCAGAGGGAGGGCCGGCUGCCCUGGGCCUGAAGGGCAGGGCGCAGCGGGCACCCCCCCCCCACCAGGCCUCUCCAGGCUGCAGUGUGGGACAGGGACCCCAGGAUGAGAAGACAGGCUGGGCCCAGCGCGAGGUCCCCCCUGCGUGCUGGUGGGCACCGUGGUGAGGCUCGGGGAUGGGCCCCGUGGUAGGGUGGCAGCGGAGAGCGCCCAGGGUAGCUGGCCAGGUGGGGUGGUCGGGUUGUGAUCGCAGAGGUGCAGUGCCGCCCCAAUACCUGCCCCUUAAUUCACAUUUGCAACAAGGAUUUUCUUUAUCUUCCCCCACAAAUCAAGCCAAGGGAGGGGUACAGAGUGGGGAACGGGACACAGGAGGCUGGUCUCCAAGGGGACUGUCCCUCAGCAGACACUCAGAGUGGACGCUCACCUGCCCGUCCACGGCUGUGUUCAGGACGGCCGUCCCCACCCAUGGACACAGGGUGAACAUCCGCCAGGCUCCCUGGGCCGCGGGCAGCAGCAGAGCUCACCGGGGACAGCGUGUGGCCCGGCCACCCUCACCUCCGGGGGCCUCCUCCCCUCCUCCCCUCACCUCUUAUCUCCACGGAGCUGCCUGUCUGGGAUAAUUUGGGGACUUUUUCUGGGGGAUAGUUCUUUUGCAUGACCCCUCUCGAGCAGGCCACACCUGCUCGUCUAGCUAGAUGUCGGAGGUGUGGCCGCUCUGCGGAGGGCCGGCUGCCCACAGCGCUGGCCGGCCGCCCCCCCCCCUUUUUGCUGAGUUCCAUUGUCUUUUCUUUCUGAGCCUUGUAAGUGUAAAAAAUCAUUAUUUUGUUCUGUCUCGGGAAACUGCAAAUAAAAGAAAAACAGGACAAA